CCUCGGGGGCUUGGGGCGUCGGGGAGUGCGCGAGGCGGCCCGGGUGGUGUGCACUAGCGGAGACAAAGCGGUGGCUGAGGUGGCUGUAGCGGCUGCGGCAGCGGCGGCAGAGCAGCCCUAAACGCCGAAUUCCGUGGUGCUGAGUCCUGUCAUCCUUUUAUCCAGCGCGGCGCGUGGGCGGCUGGUCUCGCGGCGGCGGCGGCAGCGGCGGAGGCGGAGGCAGCACAUGGUUCCAAGAGCGCGCUGCGGUUGUUGGGUUCCAAUUCCGUGGGGAGGGACAAAGGCAGCUUUGAGCACCGGGCAACGCCCUGUCGGGUUGUGCGCUCUCCACACAGCCCUCGACCCGAGCCUUGAAAGCUGGGACUAACUCCUCUCCGUGAGGAGGAGGCGGCCUCGGAAGCGAGGCCCUGGUGGGCCGAGAGACGGAGGCCUCUGUCUGAGGGAAGUGGGGGGAGGGGCGUUGCCCUCUUCAGGUGAUUUGGGCGGGUCAAUUCUGAGGCAUUUUUGUGGGUCAGUGUGAGGUAAUUUGACCCAUUACACUGAAGAGAUUGGGACUGAAGCAGAAGCUAGGUUGGGUCUGGGCUUUGGAAAAAGGAAUCGUCAUCAGCGCUUAGGAGACCUUUCAGUUGGGAGGUGGUGAAGCCGGAAUUAACGCCAUAUGCACUCCAUCGACUUCAUGGCAGCCAGCCUGGGGCCUAUUUAAGAAUCCUGGAAUCAUUGGUGGUGAAGAAAUGGGUGACUGCUCAGUUUUAUGACAGAAGCUGGUGAAUUUCCGGAUUGGUAAAUUUUCUGAUCGGAAAUUUAGAGGAACAACAAGAAAAAAAAGCUUGAAGAACGUGAAGAUGGAGCAGUAAUAAAACCUCCCAACUCCAGUACCAUCUACUCCAAGACCACAUUCAACUCCUUGAACUAUCGCAACUUAAUGCUAAAGCUCUUUAAAACUACAGAUUUAUAAGUUUUUUUUUUUCCAGAAUAUUGCAUCACAAUUGAGAAGAUAAAAACUUAAAGGAGAAAUCAGUUGUAGUUUUAGACACCUCUUUGAAUAUAUUUUGGAUAGAUACUAGGUAACCUUGUUUAACAGUAAGGAGCACAGACUUACCAAACCUUUCCUGGAAGGAAUCCUGGGAAAUCUAUUCCAUUGUUAAGUUUAUAUUUCCCAGUUAGUGGGUGAAGGACUGGAGAUCUCACUGCACUCAUGGCUUUCACAAAUUACAGCAGUCUGAAUCGAGCUCAGCUAACCUUUGAAUAUCUGCAUACAAAUUCAACUACUCAUGAAUUCUUGUUUGGUGCUCUUGCUGAACUGGUUGAUAAUGCAAGAGAUGCUGAUGCCACCAGAAUAGAUAUUUAUGCAGAAAGGCGAGAGGACCUUCGAGGAGGAUUUAUGCUUUGCUUUUUGGAUGAUGGAGCAGGAAUGGAUCCAAGUGAUGCUGCCAGUGUGAUCCAGUUUGGGAAGUCGGCCAAGCGAACACCUGAGUCCACCCAGAUUGGGCAGUAUGGGAAUGGGUUAAAAUCGGGCUCAAUGCGCAUCGGGAAGGAUUUUAUACUCUUCACUAAGAAGGAAGACACCAUGACCUGCCUCUUUUUGUCUCGGACCUUUCAUGAGGAAGAAGGCAUUGAUGAAGUGAUAGUCCCAUUGCCCACCUGGAAUGCUCGGACCCGGGAACCUGUCACAGACAAUGUGGAGAAGUUUGCCAUUGAGACAGAGCUCAUCUACAAGUAUUCUCCCUUCCGCAAUGAAGAGGAAGUUAUGACUCAAUUCAUGAAGAUUCCUGGGGACAGUGGAACACUGGUGAUCAUCUUCAAUCUCAAACUCAUGGAUAAUGGAGAGCCAGAGCUAGACAUAAUCUCAAAUCCAAGAGAUAUCCAGAUGGCAGAGACUUCCCCAGAGGGCACGAAGCCAGAGCGGCGCUCCUUCCGUGCCUAUGCUGCUGUGCUCUAUAUUGAUCCCCGGAUGCGGAUCUUCAUCCAUGGGCACAAGGUGCAGACCAAGAGGCUCUCCUGCUGCCUAUAUAAGCCCAGGAUGUACAAGUACACAUCAAGCCGUUUCAAGACUCGCGCAGAGCAGGAGGUGAAGAAAGCUGAGCAUGUAGCGCGGAUUGCUGAGGAGAAGGCACGGGAGGCAGAGAGCAAAGCUCGGACCUUAGAAGUUCGCCUAGGUGGAGACCUCACGCGGGACUCCAGGGUGAUGUUGCGGCAGGUCCAGAACACAGCCAUUACCCUGCGCAGAGAAGCAGAUGUCAAGAAGCGGAUCAAGGAAGCCAAGCAACGAGCACUUAAAGAACCUAAGGAACUGAAUUUUGUCUUUGGGGUCAACAUUGAACACCGGGACCUGGAUGGUAUGUUCAUCUAUAACUGUAGCCGCCUGAUCAAGAUGUAUGAGAAAGUGGGCCCACAGCUUGAAGGAGGCAUGGCAUGCGGUGGGGUUGUUGGGGUUGUUGACGUGCCCUACCUGGUCCUGGAACCUACACACAACAAGCAGGACUUUGCUGAUGCCAAGGAGUACCGGCACCUGCUGCGGGCGAUGGGGGAGCAUCUGGCACAGUAUUGGAAGGACAUUGCCAUUGCCCAGAGGGGAAUCAUCAAGUUCUGGGAUGAGUUUGGCUACCUCUCUGCCAACUGGAACCAGCCCCCAUCCAGUGAGCUACGUUACAAGCGUCGGAGAGCUAUGGAAAUCCCAACCACCAUCCAGUGUGAUUUGUGUCUGAAGUGGCGAACCCUCCCCUUCCAGCUGAGUUCUGUGGAAAAAGAUUACCCUGACACCUGGGUUUGCUCCAUGAACCCUGAUCCUGAGCAGGACCGAUGUGAGGCUUCUGAACAGAAGCAGAAGGUUCCCCUGGGGACAUUCAGAAAGGACCUAAAGACACAAGAAGAGAAGCAGAAGCAGUUGACAGAGAAAAUUCGCCAGCAGCAGGAAAAGUUAGAAGCCCUGCAGAAAACCACACCUAUCCGCUCCCAAGCUGACUUGAAGAAAUUGCCUUUGGAAGUGACCACCAGACCUUCUGCUGAGGAACCUGCACGUAGACCUCAGCGACCUCGGUCACCUCCUUUACCUGCUGUGAUCAAGAAUGCCCCGAGCAGACCCCCUUCCCUGCAACCUCCCAGGCCAGCCAGCCAGCCCCGAAAGGCUCCUGUCAUCAGCAGCACCCCAAAACCUCCUGCCCUGGCAGCUCGGGAGGAGGCCAGUACAUCUAGGGUGCUGCAACCACCGGAGGCACCCCGAAAGCCUGCUAACACACCGGUUAAGACUCCGCCCCGGACCACCCCUAUGGUGCAGCCACUGUCACCAUCUCUGCUACCCAACUCCAAGAGCCCUCGGGAGGUCCCUGCUCCCAGAGCCAUCAAGACUCCAGUGGUCAAGAAGCCAGAACCACCCAGUAAACUCUGCCCAACCACUCAGGGUCGGAAGCGGACUCUUGGGGUCUCUGACGAAGAAGAAGCUGAGGAAGAGGCUGAGAGGAGGAAAGAGAGGUCUAAGCGGGGCAAGUUUGCUGUGAAGGAAGAAAAGAAGGACUUGAAUGAGCUCUCAGACAGUGCUGGGGAAGAGGACCCAGCUGACCUUAAGAGGGCUCAGAAAGAUAAAGGGUUGCACGUGGAGGUGCGUGUGAACAGGGAGUGGUACACAGGCCGUGUCACAGCCGUGGAGGUGGGCAAACAUGUGGUGCGGUGGAAGGUGAAGUUCGACUACGUGCCCACAGAUACCACUCCGAGAGACCGCUGGGUGGAGAAAGGCAGUGAGGACGUGCGGCUGAUGAAGCCCCCUUCUCCGGAGUACCAGAGCCCUGAUACACAGCAGGAGGGCGGGGAGGAGGAGGAGGAGGUGGUGGUGGCCCAGCAGGCUGUAGCCAUGGCAGAGCCCUCUACUUCUGACUGCAUCCGCAUAGAGCCUGACACAACUGCCCCGAGCACCAAUCACGAGACCAUUGACCUGCUCGUCCAGAUCCUCCGGAAUUGUUUACGGUACUUUCUGCCUCCAAGUUUCCCCAUCUCCAAGAAGGAGCUUAGUGCUAUGAAUUCAGAUGAGCUAAUAUCAUUUCCUCUGAAAGAGUACUUCAAGCAGUAUGAAGUGGGACUCCAGAAUCUCUGCCAUUCCUACCAGAGCCGUGCUGACUCACGGGCCAAGGCCUCCGAGGAGAGCCUGCGCACUUCUGAGAGAAAGCUCCGAGAGACAGAGGAGAAGCUGCAGAAGCUGAGGACCAACAUCGUGGCGCUCCUGCAAAAGGUGCAGGAGGAGGUCAACUCCCAGUCUGAUCAAUGCUAUUAGAAGGUACACAGCUUUGGAUUAGUCAUGAUCCUUACUACACGACACCCUCUUUUUAUUGGUCCUUGCAUGACCUGCUUGUUUUAGUGCAAACUGACCACCAGAAGAACCUCUAAGCAAAAUGUAGAAUCCUGACAAAACCUACAUCUAACCAUAUGGAAAACUCACCAGUCUAUCCCCUUCUCAGGUAGCUGUCAGCAAGACUCCUGGGUUCAUCAGUCCCUUGCUUACCUUUUAAUCUAAUUUUAUUUCAUCUUUACAUAGUCUUAAAUGUGUACGUAUGUGUGUAUAUUCACAUACAUAUAUUUACAUAUUUGUUUUUAACUGUAUAAAAAGAAUCAUGAUGUAUGUAAUCUUCUGGGACUUGCUUUUUUUUUCUUAAUAUUAUGCUGCCAAAAUUUAUUUUGUUCCAUGUGUCUGUGGUUCAUUAGUUUCAACUACUGUGUAAUAUUCCCUCCUGUGAAAUAAUACCACAGUUAUUCAUUCAAUAAAUCUGUGCUGUUCACAA